AUGUCAAAUUGGGGCUUUUAUUCUCAUCACGAGACCAACGGACAGGCGUCUGGUAACAUCCAGCAACGAGAUUAUCAGCCAAAGAGGCAACAAAUAACUUUACCCCCUAUCAGUAUCUUCUUCACCAAAACUGAAAGUCGCGAGGUGGUUGAAGGCCAUGCCCCACCUCACAGAGAGUUGGCACGUGAUACAAGAAAUGUGAGGGGGUCAAGUAGUGUUUCGGGUUUGCCCAUGAGAACCCGAAAACCACGAACCAAAUAUACACACGAGCAGCUCCGCCGGCUGCUUGAUGUGUUUUCCCAGAGGCAGUACAUAGACCUCACGGAGAGGUCCAUGUUAGCUACCGAACUCGGCCUGACUCAAACACAGGUGAGUCCAGCUUUAUUUUGCGGAUGCUACAUUCGACAAAUUGUUGUUGCAGACGAUGUUGUUAGGAGGCUUGCAUGCAUGAAGGAGGAGGAGGAGAAGGAAGAGGAGGUUGGAAUUGUGGUUGCUGAGGCUGCCACCCAAACACGCUAA